CUUUACGGAGACACUGAUUACAGAAUGUCGCAGGUGGCUGCAGAGUCAGAAUCAAUGGACACGUCCUCGAUGCCCGAGAAGAAUGCGAAGUCUCCAUUGUUAGCACCUACGCUGAUGCCAAAGUUGCGGAGCUGCGUUCUAUGCCGCAGUCGCAAAGUUCGCUGUGACAAGCAAGCACCAUGUUCGAACUGCCGUCGCGCCAAUAUCGCCUGUGUCUUCCCAUCGACCGACCGCGCACCGAGAUGGGCUCGUCGUUUCGAGCGCCUCGCAAACAAUUCCACAGCAUCAAACGUUCCAGCACUACAGGACGCCGAUCAGGGCGUUGAAAAGGUCAUGGACAGACUGCGGAGUCUCGAGAAUCUGGUCAAGGAUUUGAAAGACCAGCUGGAACGGGCACGUGCAGCGUCUAGCUCGGCCGGUGAUGCGUCAUCUGGAGGCAACUCUCCUGGGAGCUCCUCCCAGGACCGUGACGCCGGAUACCGAAGGCACUCUCCAUCCGCCGUAGACGUGAGCAGUGCGCACAAGCAAUUUGGCCGGAUGGUCAUUCAGGACGCCAGCCACAGCCGAUAUGUGAGUAGUGGUUUCUGGUCACGGGUCGCUGACGAGCUUGAUGGACUGGAGAUGGAUACUCGAAACCUAGCAGGAGAAAGGUCAGACACUUCAGAAGAUGAGGCAUCUCCCGGAAAAACGUCGUCCAACCAGGAACUUGAGCGGACACCCUCUAAACGGCAUGCGUUCCUGUUUCGACACAACUUGAGCCCUUCGGCUCCCAGCAUCCUCGAAUUCCGGCCACUGCCGUCGCAGGUCCCCUUCCUCUUCGAUGUGUUCUUGGAGAAUGUGAAUUUCUUUAUUCGGCUCGUCCAUAUUCCCUCCGUUACCAAGAUAGCCCGCGAGUCGCGUGGCAGCGGCAUGACACGUCUCUCACCAUCGCAUGAAGCCUUGAUGUUCUCGAUCUAUUACGCCGCUAUAAUCUCCAUGGAAGAAGACGAUGUUCUGAUCAACUUUGGCUCCUCCAAAACCGAUCUCAGUCUCAAAUACCGCCUUGGCCUGGAGCACGCGCUUGCAAAAGCCGAUUUCCUCAAUGCCCCUAACCUAAUUCUAGUUCAGGCCUUCACCAUUUUUCUCCUCCUCGCUCGCCGCCACGACAGCCCCAGAUUCGUAUGGAUGAUGACUGGCCUCGUUAUUAGAAUGGCACAGUAUCUUGGGCUGCAGCGCGAUGGCACACAUUUUGAAGACAUGAAACCUUUUGACGUCGAGAUGCGACGAAGGGUCUGGUGGAGUGUGUGCUUAUUGGACACCAGAGCAUCAGAGGAUCAAGGGACAGACCUGGUUAUCACACACGGCUGCUUUGACACAAAAAUUCCCUCAAAUAUCAACGAUGUGGACAUCGAUCCCGAGUCGAAACAGAGUCCCAAAGAGCGCUACGGCGUGACGGAUAUGACCUUUGGACGCAUCACUGCGACAAUAAGCCAUGUUACUAGGCAGAUGAUGGCCCUUACUGCAAGGGGUGGGAUAGCAGCUUUGGAAGAUCAAAGCCGCCUCGUUAACGAGAUAUACCAGAAACUUGAGCAGGAGUACUUGCAAUUUACAACAGAGUCGGGCAACAUUGCCUAUUGGGUGGCGGUCACCGUUGCCCGGCUCGUAAUGGCAAAGUUGAGUCUCAUCGUUUUCUUCCCAGUACUCUUCACCUCCCCGAGCGAAGACAUUUCGGAUGAGAUAAGGACUAAGCUGCUUUUAUCGGCAAUCGAGCUCGCAGAGUACAAUCAUGCGCUCAAUGCCGAAGAAGCAUGUCGGCAAUGGCGCUGGGUCUACCAAACCCACACCCAUUGGCAUGCUGUUGUUUACCUCAUGAUCGAAGUCUCUCGACGUUCUUGGUCGCCUACUGUUGAGAGGGCUUGGGCCGUGCUUCAUAGCCCCUGGUUGAUCCCAGCCCAGACGACCACAGACAAGAACUUGCGCAUAUGGGUUCCGCUCCGAAGAUUGAUGGACAAAGCUCGUAAGCAUCGCGAUGCCGAACUCAGACGACUACGCUCAGAUCCCCAGGCCGCCGCUAAGCUGGAGAUGGAGGACCGCAAAAUACAACUACCAUCAAGCUCUGGGUCAUUUCCAUGCGGAGCCAGCAUCGACGGCUUCUGUGCCCGAUGGCGUCAGGCUUUGGCAGUACCAGGGGAGCUAGGAGUCGGCACACAGUUGUCUCAAACCUCUAACGAAGAGUAUAUCGACCCGUCGACGCAUACAACUUACAAAUACCAGCAGACGGCGGCGUCCAACCCUGCAAAUGUGCCUGGCGAUUCGAGCUUCAGUAUGUCCUUCGAGCAGACGCAAAUUGGGAUCAGUGGAUCUCGUCCCAGCCAAGUCCUAGAAAGCAGCGAUUUCAGAGGCGCUCCUUCAGCCAUGACGGCGGAAGCACCCAGAGACUUGGCACUCGGGCGAUAUAAUGAGCAGUUAUACGAUUUCUUACCUACGGCCACCACCGAUCUGUCCGAUCCCGCCGCCAUGGGAGCUGGUCUCUUCCCCUGGCUGCGGCCUGACGCCGAUCUUUCAGCUGAUGUGUUCGAAAAUUUGGAUAUGGAAUCUAUGGAUACCAAUAUGGAGUGGGACGGCGAGAUGAACUGGUAUAAUUGGGUUGAAACAGCCAAAAGUAUGGAGUUCGAUGCGAGCCAUGAUGGGAAUGGCCGGUUGUAAAGCCAUCUGGAGAUCUGGCAGCUGACAAGGGCAACCAACAACAGGCUAUUCAACUUUGUAGCACACGGCUAGGCGUGAUACUCCCAGUCGACCAUAAUCGCAAAA